AUGGAAAUAAUAUAAAGUUUUAAGGGUAGGCUCCCUGCUCCACAGCUCAUGUAAUUCAAAUUGUUUUUAUUGUUAAUUGUUUUUAACAAAAAACCAAGUGAUGAACAGGAGACACCUUCAGUAGGAAGACAUCAGUUGGGCCAGCAGGUAGGCAUUCAUCCGGAGGACAAACAGGACAUACAGAAUGUGCACUGUGGUGGAGUUCUUUGAGGACUCUGAGGUCUUCAUAACCGGCGGUUCCGGGGUGGUGGGCAAGGCUCUCAUCGAGAAGCUGCUCCGUUCCACACGGGUGCGCCGGAUCUACGUCCUGCUCCGGCCGAAGAAACAGUUUACGGCGGAGCAGCGCCUCAAACGACUCCGGCAGGCCACCAUCUUUCAUGUCCUGGCCAAGGAGCGGCCGCAGGAGCUCGACAAACUGGUGGCCGUUCCCGGGGAUGUCUCCCACCCGGGCCUGGGCAUCCAGCCGGAGUGGCUGGCCCGGAUGAGGGGCGUGUCGGUGGUCUAUCACUGUGCCGCCACGGUGCGCUUCGACGAGCCACUCCGAGUGGCACUCCGGCUGAACGUGGGCGGCACCCUGGAGGCCCUCAAGUUUGCCGAGAAGUUGCCAAAAUUACGGAUUUUUGUUCACGUCUCGACUUUCUACAGUAAUCCGUACUUGAAGAGAGUGGAGCCAAAGUACUACUCCUCACCUAUGGACUGGAAACUUUGCCUCAGACUUUUGGACGAAGUUCCGGAUGAUAAUUUACUCGAUGCCCUGACCCGCAAACUAAUUGUGGGUUUUCCGAACACCUAUACCUUCACGAAGAACCUGGCAGAGUCCUUGGUGAACGACCACCGUCAUCGGCUGCCCUUGAUAGUCUAUCGUCCUUCCAUUGUCCUUUUCGCCGUGGAUGAUCCUUCGCCGGGCUUCUCGCCCUCCCUGAUGGGGGCCAUGGGUCUCUUCGCUCUGGUGGGUGCCGGAAUCCUGAAGACCGUCUACCUGGGCAGAGACAUCCGGCUGGACAUUACGCCCCAGGACAUGGGCAUCAAGAGCAUGCUCUGCUACACCCAGAAGGGCGCUGACCUCUACCAGCAGGAGGACGCCCCCAAGGAGCUGCCCGUCUACAUGUCCUCGUCGUGCACCCACGUGUCCCACACCUUCACCCGGGUGGCCGAGCAGAUGGACGAACUGGACCUGUGGGGCGACGCCGCCUUCGAGAAGAAUCUGAUGAUCCCCGGAUGCCACUAUACGGACAGGAGGUGGCUGUACCUCUUCCUGGUCUUCACCAAGCAGAUCCUGCCGGCCCUGAUGGUUGACGGUCUCCUGAAGCUCUUCGGCCAGAAGCCAGUCCUCAUGGGCAUCGUGAGGAAGGCCUACCAGACCCUGGAGGUUAUGCAGCCCUUCAUGUUCAACAAUUACGAGAGUCCUGGCGUCACGGAGAAGGAGACUUUGACCAAAGAAAACGAGGGAACUGAGUUCCAUUUGGAUGCCUUUAGUCAUCCGGAUAUCGAUUCCCUAGUCGUCCAAGUCAGUAGGGACAUGGUGCAUAGUAUUCGAACCCAUUUACUCCACGAGGAUCCCAGGACCUUGAAGCGUUCUCAGCGUAUUCUGAAAAUCAAGGUCAUCCUGUACCAGGCUCUACGUCUAUUUCUGCUCUACAAGAUUCUUCGCUGGCUUUGGGGCAGUUACUUUAAGGCGUUCUUCUAGGAUUUGGAUUUGGAACAACUUCCAGGACUCUACUUUUUUUUUUUUUUGAUAAAUUAUAACUUAUAUUCCGGCAGAAAGUAUAUUUUUUAAAGUUCAAUAA